AUGUUCUGCAGGUUCAGAAUCGGGUCGUCUCUAAUUUGGGGCCAAGCUCCGUAUCCAAACUUGUACACUCCAAUAAGAAGCAUUGUGUCCUGCUUGGACGUCCAUUUGCACGACCAGCCGUUCACAGGCUUUGGUUCCUUCACGAGCUUGAACUUGAGCGGGUCCUCGGGCAUCACGUCUCUCAACAGUUGCAACUCGCCCGGUCUGGUAAGAACAACCUCAGCGUUCAUGUUCUUGACACCUUUGAACUCCUCACCUCCCAGGUUGGACUCUCCCAGGUCCGGCGUGGUCACGUGGUCUUCAGCAUGGUUCAAGACGUCCUCCAGAUCAAGAUUCUCCAGCUUCUUCUGGUUGUCCGAGGAUUUGAACAUGUUGCUAGCACCAAACUUCAAAAUCUCGCUCAACUCGCCAGAUGUAGGCUCCGUCUUUGUCUUGGACUUGUUGUUGUCGGUGAUUCCAAGAGAGAUAAUGGCAUAUUCCAAGAUCAUCUUCCGUCUCGCACGCUCCAGAACUUGCUCUUCCACUGUGUCCUUGGAAACAAAUCUGUACACCAUCACGUGGUUUUUCUGUCCAAUACGAUGCGCUCUGGCCAUAGCUUGCAAGUCUGCUUGCGGGUUCCAAUCAGAGUCAAAGAUAAUAACAGUAUCUGCGGUCAUCAGAUUGAUACCCAAACCACCGGCUCUGGUGGACAGCAAAAAAACAAAGUCCUUGGACCCUUCAGCAUUGAAAUGA